GCUCGGAAUACUUAGUCAAAGAUCUUAAUCCAUCCUCCGUUACAAUCCACGUGUUACUUUCGCUCCUUGUAUAAUCUUCACCAAGUCUAAUACACUUCUAUCUAUUACAAGAAGUUUAUCCGAUUCAGCAAACCAUCUGUACCCUCCCUUUCUUUUGGACUUUUUUUAUCUUUAAAUUCACUAUGGUCUCAGUGCCUGUUAGCAACGUGCUAGACACCAUUGGCAACACGCCCUGCGUUCGCCUGAACAAUGUCGUCCCUAAAGCAUGCGCGCAAGUGUACCUCAAGCUUGAAUACUUUAGUCCGACCGGCUCGUACAAAGACCGCCUGGCCAAGUCAAUUAUCGAAGAAGCAGAGAAGAGAGGCAGCCUCAAACCAGGAAUGACAGUAGCGGAAGCAAGUGGCGGCAGCACUGGUUCAUCACUCGCGCUCGUCUGUGCAGCCAAGGGGUACAAGUGCAUUGUGGUAUCCUCGAAUGCGUUUGCGAUCGAAAAGCUUCGAACUAUGAGCGCGCUCGGGACUCAGGUCGACAUAAUACAUAGCCAUUCGGGUAAGAUUCACGCUGAUCUCAUUCCGUCAAUGAUUCAACGCGUUGCCGAGCAUGCAGAGGAUUCUCAAAUAUACUGGACGAACCAGUUCGAAAAUAAAGACGCAUUUGUCGGAUACCAGGUCUUGGGCUUAGAACUCAUACAACAGUUUCCAUACGGUGUGGACGCCUUUUGCGCCGCUGUUGGAACGGCUGGCAUGGCAAUGGGUGUUGCGCAGGCCCUAAAAAAUACCUUCUCGAACUGUCAUAUCGCCGUUCUCGAACCUGUAUCUUCGUCGCCGAUUUCGACUGGUCAAGCCGGGGAGCACCACAUUGAGGGCAUUGGUAUCGGGAGUGUCCCGCCACUUCUUAACAGAAACUUAUACGAUCAAGUUUUGGCGAUCGAAGAGGAAGAAGCCCGAGCAAUGUGUCGUCGAUUGGCCAAGGAAGAGGGACUUUUAAUCUUUGAUGCCAUCUGCCAUGUUUCUAUUGGAUCUAAUGGCGGUAAUCUUGCCGUGCUGAACCAACAUGCGGUCCGCGAAUUCAACUGGUCCAUCGCGUGCGGUACUAGUCCUUGUCAGGAUCCACGAAGACACUUGGUUUGUCGACACCUUGAGCUUGUAGCGUUAUCAAAGGCAUUAUACGGAUUUAUGUUUGGUGUGGCGCUGGCCGAACGAUUCCCGAGUACCUUUACUGAUCGCUACAAAGCUGCCGCUCGGGAUUUGUGA